AAAAGGCGGCGGAGAGCCGAUGCGAGGAGAGGCCGCUCCAGUCGUGGGGAAUGGAGCUGUUGGGAGGAGCGGGCAACACAGUUGUCUGCCUGGGGGAGGCAGCGGCACCGGCACCAGCAGCCGCCUUUAACGGUUCCUCUGAAGAGGCGGCUGCAGAAGCGACGCCUACCCGCACACUUGUGAGCGAGGAUGGGACGAGUCCGGACCUGGUCACCCUCCUUCGAAUAAGGAAACAAAUAAAACAGCAUCUUAUCGAAUACAAUACUGCAAUUAAUGCAAAUGAAGAAAGCAUUUCAGAUGAAGUUAUAGAUGAAAAAGUAGUUGAAAGUUCCAUUGAAGAUUUGGAAAGAGAAAUGGAAGAGGUGAAGGUUUCAUACCAAAACAAAACACUGGCAUUGCAGAGGAUCCAAGUAACUGAAGCCCUCAGAACCAAACUGAGGAAUGACGAUGCUGACUCCAAGUUGAUCUGGGAUACCAUGAAGCACAUCAUGUUGCUGAGUACGGCAAUACUUAAAUCCCAGCAGAACUCUCGUGAGUUGGAAGAAAAACUGAACGAGGUUAAGCAGAGCAGACUAGCACUAAAGAGAGCAGGGGAAUGCAAACUGGCGCAAAUACAUGAAACAAAGAGAAAACAAAAAGAUGAAUUAGAAAAUAUGGAAGUAGGAGAAAUAUUAACGAAGGCUCGUCAAAAUCUGCAACAGGAAAUUAAGAUGACUACACUGAUUCAAAAUAUUUUUCAGAGUCUUAUUACUGCAAGUGGAGUCAAUUGGGCAAAGGACCCAGAUUUGAAGGCAAUUGUUUUGCAGCUGGAGAAGAACGUGGCUGGACUCUGAAGAAGCAGCACUACCAAUACUGUGUUUUUGUAUAUUCUCUGUACUGGCAAUCUGUCUAACAGUUGUGUACGGACACUUUGUACUGAUGUAUACUUCAGGACUCCAAAAAGUUACUGCUGUAAUGUGACCUCUAAGUUGUGUAAAUAAUUGUAAAUGUCCACGGGGAGUUGGGAAUAUUGUGAUUCCAGCCUAAUUUUUGUCUCUUCUGCUUUUCUUACUGCUGGGAAGAAAGGUACUGUCUCUUUACUGGGACAAAGUCAGAACAAUACUCUAGCUGGGUUUUGUCCUCACUUCCUGCCAGAAAGGCUACGUUUCACAGAGGUGGGCUCUGGUGGACUUCACUAUCAAUUGUUAGUCAUGAACAUAUUUUAUGCAAAACAUGCUUCAAACUAGCUGUGUAAGAACCAGUUUUUAGCAUUUUGAUAAAAGU